AAUCACAUUCCGCGCAUGCGCGCGGAUUAUUACCUAGUUAUAUAUAUUUCAGAUUAACUUCACUAAAUAAAAAUAACAGAGUAUUUGUCACAUAAGGAAUUAUGCUAAUACAACGCCACCCAAAUUAAUAUGAUUGGUUCUCCAAGAAUCUCUUGAGAUUAGUUUAAUUAUGUUAAAAUUUAUAUAUAUUUGUUAGCGAUAAUUAAAACUAAUCGUUUGGCAAAGAUGCAACUUCUAACAGAAUUGAGAUUGUCUUUACCUAAACAAAUAGGACAAAGGAAACUAUAGUUUAUAUGAUGAGUCCGCUUAGGAAAAGGUCUUCUUUAGUCUUAUAUCAAAAUCUUUAUAUAAGCAGUGCUACUCAUCCCUCUAUCAGCCUCCAUACUCCCAUCUUCUUAUUGUUGUUAAUUAUCUCAGAGAGAUUGCUAAAAGAGAAUCCUACUAUAGUUUUCGAUAAAGAUGGUGACAGAUGGUGAUGAUGAUCAACGCUCUGAAGAAGAAGAAGAACCCAUCAGAGCUGAGCCUCUUAGGGAAGUUAAGCCUUCGGUCAGAGGAAAAAAGCCGGUCAAAAGAGAGAGAGGGGUUACACCGGAAUGGCUGGAUAAUCUGAUGAUAACAAAAAAGGGUGUGGACGCGAAGCUGGUGAUUGAUAAGAUGAUUCAGACGAGUGAUGUCAACCCAAACCAAGGACGUCUCUUGAUUCCCUUUAACCAGAUAGUGGAGAUGGACUUCUUGAACGAAGCAGAGUUGAACCUCAUAGAUGAACAUCAAAGAGAUAAUAGUAGUAACAAAGGUGUUGCUGUGAUAGUGGUCGCAUCGGAUGGUAGAGGAUGGAAUGCUAAACUAAGGAGAUGGAAUAUGAACUGUCCCAAUUACGCCUUAUGUUCUGGAUGGAACCACGUCGUCCGCGAGAACAACCUCAAGGACAAGGUAGGGCAGAUAUUUCGACUAUGGUCAUUCCACUCCCAAGAUGGGACGAAGCUCUAUCUUGCCUUCUUUCAUAGAGAGUUAUCUCUAUGUGAAGUGGCACUCAGGCGACUUCCUAAAAUUCCAACGAGAAGUAGAACUCCUCGAUUUUGUGUUCCAUCUCCACCAAGAGUUUCCGAGGUUUUCGACCUAAAUAUACCAUUCGUUGAAGAGAUGGAUCCUCUCGAAGCUGAACAAGAGAGGCAUGAUAGGAGGACUCCACUUGAAUCAGUCAUAGAGACGAUGACGACGACGGUGGACCUCGAUCGGCUAGGGCCGUCUGUGGACCUAACUAUACCAUUGGUUGAAGAGAUUGAUCUUCUCGAAGCUGAACAAGUGAGGCAUGAUAUACCAUUGGUUCCAGUGCGCACGGAGAUGGCUUCUCUUGAAGCUGAACAAGAGACCUCACAGGAAUCAGCCAGAGAGACGACGAGGGUGGACCUCGAGCUCCGGCUGUGGUUUCAAUGAGAGAUUCCUUGGAAAGACGGCUAUGCUAUUUAUGUGACUGAACCUUUGUUUAUUCUGGACCCUAGCUCUCUAUUGCCGUGUCACCUAAGUAGUUUCUUUUUUAGGCUUUCAAAUGAUUUUUUUUUUUUUUUUGGCUUUUUGGUUAUAAGAGAUUCCUUGGAAAACAACUCUGCUAUGUGACUUCAUCUUUGUUUAUUCUUGACCGUAGCUCUCUUUUGCCGUGUCACCCAAGUAGUUUCUUUCUUUAGGCUUUCAAAUGAUUUUUUUUUGUCCAUUACUCGAGUGUUGUAGCUACC